CGCAAGAAUGAAGUAAAAUCGAAAAAGGAAAAGACAGAAGAGAUGGAAAAGUGUGAAUAGACAUGAGGUCAUGAGCAUUCCAGUAUCAACUAUCAACCCUGGGCAGUGGAGACUGUGGAGUAUCUUUUUAUUAUUUUCUUAAAACAGUAAUAAAUUCCCUUGUUAUUCUUUCUACUUUGGUCCUAGAUCUCUCUAUUCUACUCUCUGAUUCCUCUUCUACUCCACAAUGCACAGAUUCCCUGUUUGUCUCACUGCUUUUCUAGCUCUUCUCCUUCCUUUACUCUCUCUUUUUCCAGUUUCUGCUGCUGCUGCUUCUACUCCUGCUGGCCCAUUGCUUAAACAUCUAUCUUCAUUUCUUAAAUGGACCAAGAAUUCCCCCAAAUCUACCCAAUUAGAUGGCCCAGUAAUUCAGUUUGAAAAUGGGUACUUAGUAGAGACAGUGGUGGAAGGAAAUGCGCUUGGAGUUGUGCCAUAUGCAAUUAAGGUUUCUAAGGAAGGAGAGCUUUUUGCUGUUGAUUCUGAGAAUAGUAACAUUGUGCGAAUCACUCCUCCACUUUCUCAAUAUAGUAGAGGAAGGCUAGUGGCUGGAUCAUUUCAGGGUAAAACAGGCCAUGUUGAUGGAAAAUCAAAUGAUGCUCGUUUUAAUCAUCCUAAAGGAGUGGCCAUGGAUGAUAAAGGAAAUGUAUACAUUGCUGACAUUGACAAUCUUGCUAUCAGAAAGAUUGGAGAAGGGGGAGUGACGACAAUUGCUGGAGGAAAAUCAAAUGUCGCAGGGUACAGCGAUGGGCCAAGUGAGGAUGCAAAGUUCUCCGCAGAUUUUGAUGUGGUGUAUGUUCCAUCCACUUGUUCUUUGUUAGUUGUUGACCGAGGAAAUGCUGCACUCCGUCAAAUUUCUCUUAAUCAAGAAGACUGCGAUGCUAAUUACAGUUUCAUUUCAGCAUCAGAUAUUGUGAUGGUCAUUGGUGCUAUCUUUGUUGGAUAUGCCUCAUGCUUGCUUCAUCAGGGAUUCGGACCUGCUUUUUUCUCAAAUUUUCUUCAACCUUCAGCGUCAGAUGUCCAGCAAAAACCAUUGAUUGAGACCCCAGAGAAUGUAAAGGUGGAGCAAGCGACUGGUCCUGGAUUGCCUUCCUUUGGACAGAUGAUAACUGAUCUUUCAAAGCUAGUGCUAGAGUCGCUCAGAAAUGCCAUUUUGCCAUUUGUUCCGUCGCGUUUUAGCUCAAGGAAAGGACUCACUCCCUUAAAAGACUCUCUUAAGAUGCCUGACGAUGAAACUAAACCGGAAUUAGCCCAAAAGCAGAGGACACCUACCCCUCUCUCGGAAUCCUGGCAGGCAUAUGCCCCGAAUUCUACAGAGAAAUAUUCCGAAGCAAAACCUUCGAAGAUAAGAACAGCUACUUCGAAGGAAACUUCUUCAUCGACCAAACAUAGAUCUUCUAAACGACAAGAAUACACAGAUUUUUAUGGGUCCACUGAUGUCCCUCAUUACAGUGGACAGACAAGAUCUAAACCCCAUAAAGAGAGGUCAAAGCAUCGGCAUCGAGACAAGAGCGGAGAAGCAAGUUCGGUGGCUCCUGCAGCUGAGCCUAAGCCUAGUGAAUUCAAGACCAUGAACUAUACUGAUACGAGGUUCAACCCUUAUAGUGUAGGCAAUAGAUACAUGCCAGAUGGUUCCUAUCACUAUUAAAUAAAGUAGCUAAAUUUGUUUAAUGAAUGAUAUUGUAUAACUAGCUUUGCUUAAUCUUGAAUAGAAAUAUGAGUUGAGAUCUCUGAGUAAUCCAUGACAAGCUUCAUUUAAUUGGAAAUUGUUAAAACUUAAGAGAGAUAAGGAGGAAAUAGAACGAGUAAAAGUUAAAAGAUGGAGAUAUUUUUACUCA